AUGCAAACCCUGGACCACUUCAGACAUGUUCCGCACAGCACGCUUGCACGCAUGGCAGUACAACGCUUCGGCAUGGUCGACGUGAUGCUAGCCAUUUCCCGGCAACGACGACCCUACGCCCCGCGCAACUUUGUACUUCACGAGCCAGAUACCGAGCGAUGGGACAACUCGACGCCCUCAUUCCGCAACAUGACCGGCUGUCCCCAGCCGCUAAUGUGCUUCCUCGUCAGCAUCUCACAUCUGGCGUGCGACGUGCAAGAGCGGCUGGAGCAGGCUGCGUCGAUGAACGAUAUCCUUGCACGGGCAUAUCGGCUCGAAAGUGACCUUCGAUUUUGGGGCAAUGAAUUCGCGGGUUCAGAGAGUAUUGCAGAAGACAUCGUGCGCCCGCCGCUAGAUAUCCUUACCGAAUGUUUCUACUGGACGGCACAUCUAUUGCUGGCACGUCGCGUGUUUCGCGAUUCGACCCGCAGUCUCCGGGUGCAACAUCUGAUGCACACGUGCUUCGGCCUCAUGGAUCAACUGUCUACUGGGUGUGGACCGGAUUCGUCUCUGCCGCAGCCGUUCUAUCUUGCUGCUCGGGAAGCUAUCACUCCUGAGGAUCGCGCGUGGGUACGGCAGAAGCAUGAGUCGAUGACUGAAUACUAUCGUGAACAGCAGAGAAAUAUGGCAAUGCAUCUCACUGAGAGAAUAUGGGAUAUUAGUGAUGAGGCCCAGGUGGCAAGCUCUAUCGGUUCGCAGCCGGUCACUGCGCUAUCGAAUGGAGAUGAUAGGAUAAGGGCCAUGGAUCAGCAAAGCUGUCUGUUCAUUUUUUGA